AUGGCUGUUUGGCGUGUAAUCAGUCGGUCGUAUCUCAAGUACGCAUCAAACCAAUUAAGCAGGAGUUACAGUCUUGCUACCUCUUUUACUCAUGUUGUAAAGCAGACAAAGUUGUCUUCUUUUGACCUCCCGAAUUCAGACAUCUGUACAAGACCUUCACACAUCUUCGAUAAUGUCAGGUUACUUGCCACUUCAGCUCAGGUAAGGAAGAAGGAAGAGGAAGUUAAAUCCGAUGGUCCACGUCUCAAUGAGAAGAUUACUGCCGAGACUGUCAGAUUGGUUUCCGAGGAAGGACACUGCGUUGUAUCCCUGAAGGAAGCCCUCAGACGGGCUAAGGAGCUCGAGUGUGACUUAGUUGAGGUCCAGAGAGAUGCUAAGCCACCAGUGUGUAAAAUUGUAGACUACUCGCAGGAGAAGUACAAAAAAGCUAAAGUAGGAAAGGAGUGUGCUAAGGCCAAGCGGGCUGAGACAACCAUUCGACCUGAGGUCAAGGAAAUUCGAUUUACCCCAAAAAUUGAUGCAAAGGACCUACAGUUUAAAGCGAAACAAGCAUUGGAAACUGAUGGAAAGUGGAUAUCGUGUGAAGUUCCUGAUAAGGACAAAAAGAAGGAACUUGAACCAGAGAAGCUGCUUGAUUUAUUAUCUCGCUUCACUUGCUAUAUCGAAGAUGCACUUGUGGAAUUCGGGCCAACAGCUGAUAAAGGUAACGCCGUUGCGGUGGUUAGACAUGCCAAGUUUGGCCCACCCAAGAAAGGAAAGGCGAUAAAACUGAAGGAAAUGAACAUAAAGACUGCAGCCCAAAUAAAAUAUGAGUCACCAAAGCCUGACAGCUCGGAAGAUGGAGGAGGGUCUAUUGUUGAUGAUCUGGAAAAUAUAGAGACGCCCGAACCUGAGUUCGGUGCUAAGCAGGCCCAACCAGUUCAAGUGCAGAAUAAGUAUGCAAAUAGAGAACCGAGCAGUGACUUCUUGGGAGGUAGAGAUGCAAACCGGUUUGAACCUCGGUCUCCAAACCAGCCUGUAAACCCACAACGUCCUCGGUUCCAAAACCAAGCUCCAAAUGAACAACCUACUGGACGGUUCGAUCCUCGGUCUCCAAAUCAGCCUCCAAGUACACCACGGCCGAGGUUCCCAAACCAAGCUCCAAAUCAGUUCGGUCCUCAAUCUCCAAACCAGCCUCCAAGUCCCCCACGGCAUGGGUUCCCAAACCAACCAUCUACUGGGAGGUUCGAUCCUCAGUCUCUAAUCCAGCCUCCGAGUCCACCACGGCCUCGGUUCCCAUACCAAGCUCCAAAUCAACAACCCUCAGGGCCAUCUCCAAACCGCCACCUAGACCGGCAAGGUCCUCCACCUAGAUUCCAAAACCAAGCUCCAAAUGAACAACCUACAGGUCGAUUUGUACCUCAGCCACCAAACCCUCCUCCCCGUGCUCCACCACGUCCACCAACCCGGUUACCAAACGAAACUCCAAACCAACAACCUACGGGGCCGGUUUCAAGCUAUGGAAUUUUCAGCACCCCAAAAACGAAGUAG